UGGGAAUAAAAAGGGAAGAGAGAAAGGAAUCAACAGAGGAUUCCAAAUUCCAAAUCUACUCUCCUCGUUAUUCUCAUCUGUACCAAUACCUCACCUCAUCCCUAUACUACAGUAUAUAUACACUCACUCAUCACUCGUCUCCGGCCUAACCCCAACAGUAAUCCUUCAUUUCUCUGUCUCUCACCAUUGAUUUUCUCUCUUAUCUUAUUCUUCUUUAUCUUCUUCUUCUUCUUGUGUACAAUCCAAGAAGAAAGAGAAGAGUGGCUGCUAGUAGGAAAACAGAGAUCAAAUGUUUUAGUUAGGCCACCAAGAACCCCUCAAUCAGAAGAAGAAAGAACCAAGUGUUACUAAUCUUAAUGCGCUCAGAAAUCAUUAGAAGGAGUGGUAGGAGUAUGGAUUUUGGGAAAUCUUGCAUCUUCCUUGUCAGAAAUUAUUCUUUUGCUUUUACUUGUUCUUCUUCUGGGUUUUGUGAUUGUUGUUUCUCUGGGAAAUCAGUCUCAUCAUCAUAUUCAUCUUUCCAAUGUUUGUCUUUUGGAAGUGAUUUUCCGGAGCCCAAUUCCAUGGGAUCUAGCAUCAAGCUCCCUACUUCCAAAUUAACUACUUCUAUUUUGGCUUUUCUUUAAUCUGUCUCCCCCCCCCCCCCCCCCACUUGUAUAUUAUAUUUUAUCGGCAGACCUGUCUUACAUUGUUUCUUGAAGGAAUUCUCUUCCUUCUCCCUCUUUCUCACCAAAAACAGUGAAUGAAAAUGUUGAGUGCAUCACUGACCUUGUUUUGUGAUCCGUUUGUGACUUCUAUUGCUACUUUCUCAGCAACUAACCCAGCUAUUCCCCGUGAUCUUCGACCCAUCAGGUAUGAUCAUGAUCAACGUUGGAUGUGGAUAAGGAGGAGAAAGACCCCUUUCUCAUGGACAAGGAAUGGGACUGCAGUUGUUUCAGUUUCAGCUUCAGCUUCCUCUAUUUCUACCAAUCAGAUGACCAGGGACUCAUCCCGCCUCAAUGUUUAUCAGGAGGUAGCCAAGUCUGCAAGGGAAAGGUUCACCCAAGAAAUCUCCUUUCAAUCCAAGGAUAAAGACAUCUCUCUUGCAAAGGCCUUGCUGUACAUUGCAGCAGAAGAUGAGGCAUUUCUUGCUUUUAAUAAAGAGAUGGAUGCUCGCUCACUCCUGAAUGAAAGGAGAACUGCUUCAGUGCCGGUGAAGGAGGAAGAGUGGGAUAGUGUGGAGAAAAUGCUGUUGGCAGGAAAGAACAUAACUGAGUGGCUCUGUGAGUUGGAUAACAUUGCAAGAGAAGUUGAAGCAGAGCUAGUUUCAAGAGACAUAGGCUGCCAUUUGGUUGAAGUUUUGGAUGCUAUAAAUGUAGUUCUGUUUGAGUCAAGAGGCUUCAAAAGGUCACCUGUUGUUGUAGACUCUAAGUAUUCAUACUUGCACACUGUGCUCAGCACUGGAUGUGGCAGUGCAAUUUUGCUUAGCAUAAUUUACAUUGAAGUUUGUAGACGACUCAAUCUGACCAUUGUGGGAUCUCGAGUUGGGGAGGAUUUUUUGAUAUGGCCCCAAAUGGGAAACCUAGAGGAGCUCUUCAAGGUGACUUCAGGGCACAGCUUGUUUGCAAUUGUCAAUGGAAGGUGUGUGGAGGAUCCUAGAUCAAAGGCAUCAGAUUUGACUAGCAACUCACUUUUAGGGCUUGAGAUAGCUACAAAGCGAGACAUUAUUGGAAUUUCUUUGGCCAAUUUGAUUAGGCUUCACUGGAAACGUGCUUCAAGAUCAAGUCAUGGACUGAUGCUGACUUCUCCACUUAGGCAUGUCCAUAAUGCUCACAAGAAACAUGAGAUGAGCCAAAAUUUGAAUGUUCCUUUGCUUCGGCAAAGAGAUCUUAGGCUGGCAAUCAUGGCUUCUGAAAGAUUGCUGGUAUUGCAUCCACAUAAUUGGGCCUUGAGAAGAGAUCAUGGAAUGAUGCUGUACUAUAAUAGGGAAUAUGGAGAGGCAGUGCAAGAGCUUAGCAUCUGUAUGGCCUUUGCCCCAGAAGAAGAGGCACAAGUUCUGGAACCAUUUGUUGAGAAAUUGCAUUUAUUGCGUCUGGAAUCCACCUGGAAGUCUAUGGAACAUGCUGGUCAUGUUAAAGUUCCUUGAUCUUUAUCUGUAAAUCUCUCUCUCUCUCUCUCUCUCUCUCUCUCUCUGUAGAUUGGCUUUAACUGAGCUUUAUGCAAGUACUUGAAUGCUCUCCAAAAAUAUUCAAAUUGUAUGGUUUUGAGCUACUAUGCAAGACUGCAUUGCGAUUUGGCAGAAGAAUUUUCUAAGAUUAUGUUUGGAUUGAUGCAAUCAAAACUUAAAAUCUAAUUUUAAUUA